AAUUAAAUAUAUUUGUUGUACUCAAAAUAAAAAAUGAGCUUAUUCUAAUGUCUCAAAAUAAAAAAUGAGUCCAUUCUAGUGGAUCUAAAGGAAUACAUAUGUGCGCUUUCUUACUCAAAAGCUAAAAUUUAUGAGGUAUAACAACAAGGACGACCAACUUUCAACAUUAAAUAAUCCAUUUGAAUAAUCAGUACAUAACUCCCUUUUUAACAAGAAAUAAAAUAAAAUUGUGGUAUAUAUUGUGCUAAAAUAAAAUUUAUCCGAAAUGAAAAUCAUAGUAAAUCAUAAUUAGAGCAAGAAAAGAAAAGGAAAAAGUGAGUUGUGGAUACUGAUUAAGCCCGCGCUUCAUUCUGAAUUCAAAUUCCCGCGACGCAUUCACACAGUUUGCUCACCUCUUUCCAAAUCUAUCAAUCUAAAAAUCUUCAAAUUCGAAAUCCCUAAUUGCGCCAUGCCUAUCAGUUUAUGAUUCACUUCCAUCUAAAUCCAACCGAAUUAGAUCAUCUCUCCAGUUUCUGAAAUCGGUUGGUGUAAUGGCGUCUCGUGAUUCUCGUACAAAAGAUGCAUUUUACUGCCGCAAGGAGAAGUCUCUCGGUCUCCUAUGCACCAAUUUCCUGAGGCUGUACGAUCGCGAAGGCGUGGACUCAAUCGGAUUGGACGCUGCUGCUCUUCAGCUAGGUGUUGAACGGAGAAGAAUAUACGACAUUGUGAAUAUUUUGGAAGGCAUUGGGGUUUUACAGAAGAAAGAGAAGAAUCAAUACACUUGGAAAGGUUUUGCUGCCAUUUCUGGGGCUUUAGAGGUGCUCAAGGAACAGGGAGAGAAAGAGGAGUUCCAUACCUAUAUCACCAAUGUCUCGAAUGAGAAAGAACGUAGUCUGCUCUCUGAUUCGAAGACCGAGUGUCCAGACAAGUGCUCAAAAUCGGAUAAAGAACACAGGAGGGAAAAAUCACUAGGGCUUCUUACACAGAAUUUUGUCAAGCUUUUCCUUUGUUCUGAGGUGGAGAUCAUCUCACUGGAUGGUGCUGCAUUAGCUUUGCUGGGGGAUAGCCAUGACCGAACAGCUAUGAGAACAAAGGUUAGGCGCUUGUAUGAUAUUGCUAAUGUGUUUUCAUCAAUGGGACUCAUUGAAAAGGUACGCGACCCUGAGAGUGGAAAACCAGCAUUUAGGUGGACAAGUGUAGGAAGAAGCAGAAACAGAUCUUCCAUUGCAUCGGAUGGUAAAAAUUGCAAGAGAAGGGCAUUCGGAGAUGAUAUCACCAAUACUUCUGUGAAAAAAUGCAAGACUAUUGCCUUAACUGAGCAGCAUCAGAAAUACAGCUCAAAGGAUUUUGUGUUUGGUCCCUUUGCACCAAAUGUUAGUAUGGUAGAGAGCCACGAAACCAGUAAAGAUGGGCAGAUUCAAAACUGGGACAAUCUCUUUUGUGCUCAUCGGCCACAGUAUAGCAACAAAGCUGUUGGAGACCUUUUUCAUCAUUAUGCUGAAGCAUGGAGCAACUGGCGUGAUGAAGCCAAAGAUAAGCAGCAGAUAGAGCAUGGAUCCUAAUGUGCGUUUCGCCUUUUCCUUCCGAUUUUAUUUCUAUGAAGACUGGAGGUUAGAGUUCUACAGGAUGUAAUAUUUCGAUAUACAAACUAGAAUUUAAACUGAAUUUCAGUACCAAUUCUUAGUUUU